AUGACCACGCUCCGCACAUUGCUCGCGACGCCGCUCGUCCUCGUCGCCCUGCUCGCCGCCACGCCCUCCCGCGCCGUCCGCCUCUCCCCCGGCGCGCCUGCGUCGGCCGCUGCGCGGCCACGCUUCCUCUUCCUCUACCGCGACACACUGCCCGGCCACUGGCGGAGCGAGGUGCGCUCUGUCGCAGACAUGCUCGGCUUUGGCGGCGAUGAGCUCGCCUUCGAGCCCAGCCGGCGGGACUCGUUCGAGUACGGCAGCGGCCAGCGGGCGUGGGAGCGGCUUGCCGAGGCCGUCUGUGCGGCGGGCGCCGAAACGCACCGGCGGUGGGUCGCGCCGCUCGCCGAGGACAGCUGGUGCGUCGAGAUGCUCUCGGCGGGGCGGCAGAAGCCGUACAGCGAGCCGGCCAAGGCGCGGCGGGAUGGAGCCGCGCCACUAGACCCUCCCAGAGACUUCGCAACCUUCAGAGGACUCCUCUGCACGACCACGGCGCUCUCACCCCCGCCGCCGCCUGUGGUCGCCAUGCUCGAGGACUACGACGACCCGACGGGAAGAGGCGAGCGAGGCGAGCCGGCCGCCCUCGCUCCUCCGCGCCGCCUGUACCUCGGGCGGCGCCUCUCGGCGGGCGCCUCGCGGCUGCUGCACGACUUCCGCCUCUCCGCCCGCGGCUACCUCGGCAGGACCACGCUGCCGCCCGAGCUUGCCUUUCUGAUGGCCAACGAGGCGCGCGCACGCCCCGGCUGCGCGCUCCUCGACCCGUUCUGCGGGACGUGCUCCACUCUCCUCUCGGCCGCGCGCUUCGGCGCGACGACCUUCGGCGUCGAGGUCGACGCGAGGGCGGGCGAGCUGUACCAGCCGCUGCCCGCGCGGUGCGCGAUGCUGCUGCGGCUCGCCGCGGCGCGGUUGCGAGUCGGCGGCCGCCUCGUCUUUCUGCUGCCCGUCCCCGCCGAGUGCGCUGCGCCCGCGCUGCCGCCGUCCGACUGCCUCGUCCUCGAGUCCGCUUCGAGGCACGCCGUCUCGGCGAGGAUGCACCGGUACUUGCUCACCCUCCGCAAGGCGCGCGAGGCCUCCGCCGCCGACGUCGGAGAGGCGCGCGUGUCGACGCUGAGCACGUAG